AUGCCACAGAAUCUAAUGAAUCCCGACCACCUUCGAAAUCUUUCUCGACGUCUUCUGAGAAUUCUUUGUGGGCGACGUCUUCCCCAAACGUGGAAUACUGUACUUGUCCUACUAUCCAUUCAUAUGUACCUGACAGUUCCAGUUAUUUUGGCAGCAGGAAUCAAUAAUGAUAGGACAGGACUGCUCCGCCCGUUCCGAGAAAUCCAACAACGCGGAAUUCUACUGGGAGAAAUAGAUGAUGAUGUUCUGGAUCUGUUCUACGAGAGGUGUCACGCUGAGAGAAUGUAA